AUCACCUUCAACAAUGGCUUAUCACCACAUUAAUCCAUCUUUUUUCUUGUUACUACUCAUCACUUUGUCGUUAGCAAGUAACUAUAAAAUUCAAGCAGAAGCACGACAUUUUCUUAAAAUAACUCUGUCUGAGCUUUCUAAGCCUGAAUUGCCACAUCUUUCUGAAUUCCCUGAAAUUCCAAAGCCCAAAUUGCCACAACUCCCAAAGCCGAAGUUCUCAACAUUUCCAAAGCCUGAAAUUCCAAUGUUGCCAAAACUCGAGUUUCCUUCCAUUUCUAAGCCUAAAUUGUCAACUUUGCCAAAAUCAAAAAUUCCACAAGUGCUUAAAAAGCCUUGAGCACGUGGUAUAUGAAAUUUAUCUUUCACUGAUUGAUGUGACAUAUAUAGUUAAAAUGUCACAUUUCAUUAUGUAGGGUUAUCAUGUAUGUUACCUAAUAUAAUGUUCUUGUGUUUUGGAAGAAUUAUUUAUGUGAUUGAUUAUGUAAGACAUAUAUUUAUUUCUAGUGGUACUUCAUAUCUUUGA